GGCACCCGGUAAUUCCACGGUACAUUGUGUACAUCUGAAUCCAUUUAACCCGCUAUUUAAAGCGGCCCUUUACUGCCACCUGUAAGAGGUAGAGCCAUAAUGGCACUCUUAAGUGGCUGGGGUGGGGACCCGGGUUUUCUUCCCUCAAAGACGCCUGAAUCUGCGAAGUGGAUGGCACUUGGAGAAACCAGAAAGACAUCUAGGGACAUCACACGGACAGGACAGGAGGCGACAGGAGGCGCGCUAGACACGGGGUCCUGGCUCCAGCUCUCCACUUGGUGGCUCCAUCUCCAAGACAAGGGCGAGAGGGGACCUGCCAAGCCUCGGGUGAGGCCCCGAUUACUAGCCUGCUACCAUUUGGGUUUGGUGAAUUCCUGAAUCUCCCCAGCGGCCUGGAGAUGCUAAAGAGGGUGGAGACUGGGGACUCUUGGGUGGGACCUGCAGUCCGGCGGAAUCCGGAGCGCAGGUCGCCCCCUUGGAGUCUGGGAAACUGGAUUGUGGAAGCGAAGCUGGGCCGUGGGGGGGCACCCUGCGCUCCUGUGCGCGCGGCACUUUGUAGCUCCGGGUGGUGGCAAGCCGGGUGAAGUGGGAGCGCCGGGGCGAGAGGAAGUCGAGGCUCAGGUGCAUCAGAAAGGCUCCCUUAGCUCCGCGUGAGCUCUAGCUAUCCUGGAGGGGGAUAGUGGUGGGGAAACCCUGCACCGCACAUUUCCCAGUCACUGGUGGCUGCGCUCCGAGCCCCCGCCAACCCCAGGGCGGAUACCCCCGCGAUCCCCAGUGCUAUUGAGCAGUCGGCGGCUACCAGGACCGCGUGGCUGUCGCGCAUCGCGCCCAGCCCAAAGGUAAAACGCCGCCGGGCCUGCCCACAGCCUAGCAGAGGCGGCGCGGCCCCGAAGCGCCUUCGGUUCUAAGGAUCCUCACUUCUGGGAAAGGACAGGGAACUGUCAAUCAACGAGGGAGGGAGCGCACCGGCGCCGGGUGAUGUCAGCGGAUCAGCUGCUCCAUAACAAAGAGGGGGUAUCACAGGAGAAAGUUGCAGCGGCCGCUGCACCCCGGAGCCUCGGGGACCGGGGACGAAGGGAGGAGGGACGGCGGCUGCGGCAGCCGCGGCAGGCCGAGGAAUUGAAAGGACUGUAGGGGGAGGCAGCGCGAGCCGCCCCGACUGCUCCUCCUCUUCCUCCCCCUCCUCCUCCUCCAAACUCGCAGGGCUUAGCCCCAGCGCUCGCCCAGCCGCCGCGAGCACCGGGAGGGACGGGAACCGGCCGCACGGCCCGGUGCUGGGCAGGGUCGCAGCCGCCAUGGAUAGCGACGACGAGAUGGUGGAGGAAGCCGUGGAAGGGCACCUGGACGAUGAUGGAUUACCACACGGAUUCUGUACCGUCACCUACUCCUCCACAGACAGAUUUGAGGGCAACUUUGUGCAUGGAGAAAAGAAUGGACGCGGGAAGUUCUUCUUCUUUGACGGCAGCACCCUGGAAGGAUUUUAUGUGGACGAUGCCCUGCAGGGCCAGGGUGUUUACACCUAUGAGGACGGAGGUGUGCUCCAAGGCACAUAUGUGGACGGUGAGCUGAACGGACCAGCCCAGGAGUAUGAUACCGACGGGAGGCUGAUCUUCAAGGGCCAGUACAAAGACAACAUUCGACAUGGAGUGUGUUGGAUCCAUUACCCAGACGGAGGUAGCCUCGUCGGGGAAGUCAAUGAAGACGGAGAGAUGACUGGGGAGAAGAUAGCCUAUGUCUACCCUGACCAGAGGACCGCGCUCUAUGGAAAGUUCAUUGAUGGAGAGAUGAUUGAAGGGAAACUGGCCAUCCUCACGGCCACCGAAGAAGGGAGGCCACACUUUGAACUGACAUCUGGAAGUUCCGUGUACCACUUUGAUAAAUCGACUUCCUCCUGCAUCUCUAGUGAUGCCCUCCUUCCAGACCCUUAUGAGUCCGAGAGAGUUUAUGUUGCCGACUCUCUCAUCUCCAGUGCCGGAGAAGGACUAUUUUCCAAGGUAGCAGUAGGACCCAAUACUGUUAUGUCUUUUUAUAAUGGAGUCCGGAUUACACACCAAGAGGUUGACAGCAGGGAUUGGGCCCUAAACGGGAACACUCUGUCCCUUGAUGAGGAAAUAGUCAUUGAUGUGCCUGAGCCCUACAACCGUGUAUCCAAGUACUGUGCCUCCCUGGGACACAAGGCGAAUCACUCCUUCACUCCAAACUGCAUCUAUGACAUGUUUGUCCACCCCCGUUUUGGGCCCAUCAAGUGCAUCCGCACCCUGCGAGCUGUGGAAGCUGAGGAAGAGCUGACCGUGGCCUAUGGCUAUGACCACAGCCCCCCAGGGAAGAGCGGGCCCGAAGCCCCCGAGUGGUACCAGGUAGAGCUGAAGGCCUUCCAGGCCACCCAGCAAAAGUGAAAGACCUGGCCCUGGGGUCCGGAGACCUGGAAUAGAAACUUGGAUCUAUGCACUACAUUUAUCUGACAACGGGACAACCAGGGACUGUUCAUGCUGUGACAUCACAUCCUCUCACCCUGCGUUAGCAACGACUUUCUCGCAUACUAACUAGGUUUGACUGUAUUACUCAUACCAGAUUUAAAAUUAGCUAGCCUUGCAGUAACGCCCUACUGAGAGGUACUGUUGAACUGUAGACAGCAUGAUGUUCUUUGAUGGUUGAAGUCUAAAUCUGGACCACGUUCAGAGAUACCAAAUGAUUGGGUUGAAAAAGGGAACUGGGAUUCUUCAGUCAUUUUUCCGUCAGUGGUUUUUUUCCAUGAUGUUUUUUUCUAUGGCCAUUGCAAAUGGUGUUCGAUCACCCUUGCAUGUUGCCAUCUGCGGGGCAGGAAGCGAUUACAUCUUUAUAUAAAUGUAGGGUCAUUUAUUUGCCUUUUAACCUUUGAUCUGUAUCUUGCAAUAGAAUGGCUUUGUUUCUGUUGUUACUCUCCUAGUGAACCGAAGCCCAGUCUUCUGAGUCUUUUCUCUAGCCUCACUUCUUAUCUUAGCUAUCCUUUACAAGAGAAAGCUUCCAAAUGGAUUUUGCAUUCAUAGCAGUGUCCAGGUCUCUCUGGUUCUUUCUCUAUCAUUUCAUUCUUAUGUCCUGAUAUAAAGUACUGGCUCAUAGGGCCAGACUGUUACUAUAGACUUAUUAUUCUCGCAUGUAAACAAAGAUACCUUUGCUUUCAGAUGUGAGAAGAAAUGAAUUUGCUCUGUUUGCAUUAAGUUACCAGAGAGUUGUAAGAUACACUUUCAGGGAGAGGAACAUUAGUAUUUCUAAGCAGUCAUUGUGGCAAUUUUGCAAUAUAUUCAGUAGUGCUGGCAAUUUUUUCUCCUCGGGUACACACUAAUUGUACAUAACCUAGUGCAGUCUGGCUUGUGACACAGCUCACUGAAUUCGAAAUACAAUAGCCGACCUGCAUUCCAACCCAGAAUGCAGAGUUCUCUUUGAAACCAGUGCCGAGGAGACAGACAUGCUGAUCACUAGGUGCAAGUCAGAUCUGUAGCUAAAGCUUCUCACCACAGUGGUCUCCAAGCACUUAACUGCUUCCACGCUCUGCGAGCCCAGAGUUCACACCUGUGCACUUUCUAUCACUAGCAUAUUGCCACCUCACACAAGCCAUAUGUAAUCACAACUGCAGAAAUACAGAGGAAAACCCAUUGUUUUAGUUUAGCACAUGAGAUCUGUAACAUAACUGGAUUGCUCUGAAUGAAUGCUGAGUUUGGGGGGCCCCUCCCCCAGGGCGUCACUCCGUCACAAGGAAACCUGGGAACCACAGCUGCUGAAGUCUGCAGCUGUCAACAGUGCCGUUUGUGCGGCCUGCUUGGUUUAAGCUUUUGAGGGAGCUCCGAAUGCAGAGAGAUGCUUGCUGGGAGUGGGUGGGGUUGGAGGGAGGAGACAGGUAGAGGGCAGUUGGCUCUUUUUUUUUUUGUCUUUAAAAACAGCUUUCACAAGUGUUCCAUCUGGGGCUGCACAGUUUGCCCGUCGGAGCAGCCCCGGAACGGAAGACUCAGCCCUCAGCUCCGAUAGCCACACCCUGGGCUCUUUUACAAGCUUCCUAACACACCCAGCUUCAGGCUCUGCACCUAGAUGGCGGUGCUUUCCAGGAGAGCUGGUCACGUCCCUGUUUGAAAGCUUUUAAGAAGAUAGUUCACUCAGGAGAAACGUCCUUGGAACUUCUGAGGAGGUCUCCUGCAAGGUGACUGAAUCAUUUUUAGACUACAAGUCUCCAGGAUAGGAUUGCUUCUAUUCUGUAGAAAGAGACCACUCAGUAAACUGUGACAGAAGGAUGGGUCUGUGGAUUUGAGUUCUGAGAGGUGCUUUCAUGUAAAUGUGUCCAAAGAGAGUUAGCUGCCUUGGGGAGAAAGAUGGCUUUCUUCAGCUCCACCAGUCAGGUUUGGACUCGGUCGAGAGAUGAGGCAGAGGGAGAGAGGGCAGGCCCUGCCUUGGACGGUGUGCCCCAGGAUUUCACACCUGGAGUUGGAAGUAGUCUUAGUUGCCAUGGGGGCUCAACUUCUAUCCUAAAGGGCUACUCUAGCAAUCUCAUUCAAAUGGAACUCAAAAACAAUUUUGGGGGCUUGAGGGCCAGCAAAAUAGUUUAACAGGUAAAGAUGCUUGCUGCCGAGCCUAUGACCUGAGUUCAUCUCUAGGACCUCCAUAGCAGGAGAAAACCAACUCCUGAAAGCUGUCCUCUGACCACACACAGUGUGGCAUGUGUUCCCCCACAUACAAAAAACUAUAAAUCUUUUUUUUUUUUUUUUAAUGUAUGAAGGGAUUGAAGGACUCUGGCUGAUGAGCUAGCAAAUCUGCGUUUCACAUUCCACACUGGAGGAAGGCGGUCUGGGCUUCCAGCCCAGCGCUGUGUACGUGACCCUUAGACAAAUCCCAGGAAGCAAUUCACACAGCUGAGCUUCUCCGUCUUCCCUCUCCCUGUAUAUUUCCUGUGUCUUUCAGCUCUUUUUCUUCUGCUGUGUGAGAAGCCUUGGUGUGUGUGCAGAACGGCAGCCCAGCUCUUUGCUCUGCCUCUUUAUGUCUAGAGUUCCUCUCCUCUCUUGCUACACUGUGUGCCUUUCCCUGAGUGACCUGGUCCAGUCAUUCUGUUUCCCCGCUCCCCAAGAUAUCCAGCUUUGUCACAGGUUGCAACUGUUAAAGGGGCCAGAGAGUCACUGGAGAGGUAGAGGAGUCAGCAGGGUAGAGGUUGCAUAGAGAAUUGACUGCUUAGGGGGAGUUGAGGUUUGUUCCUAGUUUGACCCGAAGCGGAAAAGCACCUUCUACUUACUUCCCAUCUGCUGUAGUAGGAAAUAAGAAGCAGAUAAAUCUGGUCUUCCAUCAGGAUCAAAAUCACAAGCAGACAUGGUUGAGAUUCUACGUGGUAGGGGGAAAAGAUUUAACCUUCCGCUGUCUUCCAGACAGCCGGAGCCUGUGCACUGACGCCGUGGGGAUUCAUUCAGAGCUGUCUCGGUUCAACCCUGCAUGACUUGACCCAUCAUUAGCAUCUUUUCUAUGAUGAACUAUUACCUUGUGUUAGACUUAGGAAUAGGAACUAAUCUACAGAGCAUGUCCCCUAGUGGGGCAUUUGUUUGAACUAACAAAAGCAAAUGUAAGGACUGAAUUUAGGAUGCAAGAGAAUGAGAUGAGGCUAGAAAGUAACAGGCUGGGAGGACUUGAGUUUCUUAGUACCUAUUCUUAUUUUAACCUGCUUAAUCCCAGAGGAAAUUCUUUGUCAAGACCUCUUGGAACCUGACUGGGACUAGAGUUCAGAUUCAUUACCCUUUGGGGUUCAUCACACUUGAAAAACGAUUUCCCUAUCACCACCACCACCCCGAGACACACACACACACACACACACACACACACACACACACACACACACACACGCAAACUGUCAAGGCCAUGUAACCAUUUAUAACAUUUAAUUGUGACAAUUAAAAUUGCAUUGAGCUGGGGAUAUAGCUCAGUGGUCCAACAUUUGCCUAAAAACUAUAGAGGCCCUGGAUUACAUUCCUAAUAUUGGGGGGAGUCAAUUAUGAACACUGAAUUAAAAGUUUGUCUUAGUGAGACAGUAUGUGGCACUUUUAUUAAUCUUCACUUAAUAGAUUUUUUAAAAAAUCUAAAUUUCUCACUGCAAGAUAUAUUUAAAAUCUUCCAGGAAGGUCAAAAAUCCUGGGUGGUGUUUGCGCUCACACAGCCCUCCCCAAGUUCUGUCUUCAGAGUAGCCAUUUAGAAUCCAGACAUCUUUUGUUUUAGACAAACAAGUGAAACUAUGUUGCAAGAUGGAUAGUUGUAAUGUUUAUUUGCUGCAGAUCAAAGGUUCACAAAUAUAUUCAAUUUGCAGGUACUUGAGGUACCUUGAUAUAUUCCUCAACAUACACCUUGGAUUUUUUUCCCUUCAGAAAUUUUAAGCCUUGGUGUCAGGGUUUUGGUUUGGUUUUUUUUUUUGUUGGUUUUUUUUUUUUUUUUUUUUUUUUUUUUUUUUGCUUUGUUUUGUUUGGUUUUGGAGAGUUUUUUGUGGGGGGUUUUGGGUUUUUUGUUUGGUUUGGGGUUUUUUGUUUUUUGGGUUUUUUUUUGGGGGGGUUGUUUUCAAUAAUACUAAAUUUUAAAAGUUUUCUUUGCCAAACGUGUGCAUACAUAUUCAAAGCAAUGAAACUAUUUCAAGCCAUACAGCCACAGGGGUGGAAACCCUUUUCACAAAUUUUAAUGUGUUUGUAUGUAAAUAGAUGUUUGUAUGAAAUAUUUUCAUGGUAGAAUGAAUAUAUUUAAAUGAAGUUGAAUUAUUCCAGUGCUAUUUAAACACACGACAAAAUUUUUGGUGAGAAUUAUCUGAGUCUAUUGAGAUAUAAUGCAGAUCAGUUUUCAUUUUUAGAAAUCAAAAGCCUACAAGAGCCCUCUGACUGGCGCCCACCUCCUGGCGGGGUGGGGUCUGAUGCAGGUAGGCUUCCCAGUGCCUCAGCCGCUUUCUGGUGGUAAGUUCGGUGCUAAUGGAGGUGUGUUUACCUUUUAGUGAUUCCCUGCAGGCCCCCUGGGGGGCCUGAGCGUGAAUCGAGGCAUUAGAGAUACUGGUGCAGUUCUCGGAGCACAAUUUCUUUGCAGGGCAGCAGAAUCAGAAACCAGACUUGGCCGUGUAGACCUCAGAACUGGGUUUCCCGGCCACCUUCACUUACCACCCCUAACUGCCUAGUCACAAUGUCAGGGAGGCUACCCUCAGUGGAGUUGGGGUCCAGACCCCAGGGUGGGACUUCACAGAUUUACCAAUGCUUUUUGCCUUCUGCCCUCCCUCAGAGGGAGGGCAGCCGCUGGCAGGGGCCAUGCUCAGCACAGUCCAUAUCCUGUCUCAGCUCUGGAAGACUAUGCAUCUAAGCACCCAACUUCAGCCAGAGAGGGAGACUUCCGCGGAUAAUGGAAACCCUUGAUUCCUGUCUGUGACUUUACACGGUUGUUAAAUGUCAUUUUACUAUGAAGACCAUUCAUGUACCUAAGACAUACCUCCCAAUUCUUCCGACGCUUGAGAUACUAGAAAGGAAAACAAAACAAAACAAAAAGUCCCUUACGAUGACAUGCCACUCGAGCUCGUUCCCCAACCCACCUUUGGCCCUGGAUACAAUGAAACAAUAGUCUGACAAAUUUUCACUGUGUACACUAGCAAUAUGAACACUGAGCCGGUGCCCUCUCCUCUACCUACUCAGUUACUAGAAUUUCUCUUGAUACUACAGGGACUGUGUAUGUCAUGCCUGGUGGUUGCAUAAGAAAGUUAUGAAGUUAUGUCCAUGAUUUUUAGCUCCCUUCUUCAAAUGUUUUUCCUCCUGGGUUUUCUAUGUUCUUUCUAUCCUAAAAUGCAUGUAUUGGGUUGUGAGGUAUGUUUAUGGAAUGGAAGCCAGGGGUUACGCUUUCUUUCGGCCUUGAUUGUAACCAAAAGUCAACCACAUCACAGUUUAAAAAAAAAACAACAACAACAUCUUUGGUCUUUUGUGGAAUUUGAACUAAAUCUAUGAGCCUUAUUCAAUAUCUAUAAUUCUAUGAUUUUUUAAAUUAUGGGAAAUUAAUGGAAGAUGUUUACAUGAGUAAUGUUUGCCCUUAAUGUGUUAUGAAUGAAUUUUUUGUAGUGUGUCUGGGCGCAUGUGCAAGAAAGUAGGAAAAAUGUUUCUGAAAUAAAACUUGACAAAUAUUUGUAAUGAAAAGUAAACUUAAAGAUUGCUAUAAUUGCGCUAUAGAAACAAUGCAAGUAUUAAACAAAUAUAAACUC